CUUAGGUUCUAAUCUUGAUGGAAAUAAAAUUAGCGAGGCAUUAGCGAGGCAUUAGCGAGGCAUUGCCGUCAGGCUUAUAUAGUUCUGAAAUGGUCUUGUUUCGGAGGCUUGGUAAAGGCCAACAUAUCCUUUUCAUCUUCAUUGUUUGAUCCCUUUUUGUCCAGAAGAUAUGGCACACGUCAACGGCUACUGUGAUCCAAAAUUCGAAAAGGUGCGAAAUUUGCUGGCCCGGAAUCUAGCCUCUGGGGCCGAGUUGGGCGCCGCCAUUUGUGUCAAUAUCAAAGGGGAAAACGUGGUCGACCUAUGGGGUGGGGCAACCAAUGAAAGCCGCAGCAACCAAUGGCAGGAGAAUACUAUUGUCAAUGUCUGGUCAGUUUCGAAGGCAAUAACGUGCCUGUCAGCGUUGAUGGUCGUCGAUCGCGGCCUUCUAGAUGUCCAUGAAAAGGUUUCUAAGUACUGGCCUGAGUUCGCAGAGAACGGCAAGGAAGACGUGGAAGUGCGCCAUCUUUUGAGUCAUACUUCUGGCGUGUCCGGAUGGGAACAGCCUAUCACGUUCAGCGAUGUCUUUGAUCGGGACAGGAGCACAGCAAAAUUGGCAACGCAGGCGCCCUGGUUUCAGCCCGGGACAGUAUCAGGUUAUCAUGCUAUGACCAUGGGCCAUUUGGUUGGGGAAUUGAUACGCAGAACUACAGGGAAAUCACUGAAGGAAUUUAUUGAGGAAGAAAUCGCGGGACCGCUGGGUGCAGAUUUUCAACUUGGAGCUCGUGAGGAGGACUGGCCGCGGAUUUCGGCACUCAUUCCGCCCUCACAGUUGAAUACGAGUUUCAAUUUGACGGACAAGGACUCCGUUGCAUACAGGACUUUAAUGGGACCCAUUCCAAAUGCCCAGAUUGCUCUGACCGACGGGUGGAGACGUGCAGAAAUUGGAGCAGCAAAUGGCCAUGGGAACGCGCGUGCUAUUGCUCGCAUCCUUGCAAUGGUGUCUCUUGGAGGGGAGGUUGACGGGGUUCGUUUCCUUUCACCAGGGACGAUUGAUUUGAUAUUUCAGGAACAAUGUGACGGCAUUGACUUGGUGCUUGGGAUUCCCCUUCGGUUUGGAAUAGGAUAUGCCCUCCCGAAGAGGGAUACAGUCCCGUGGAUCCCGGAGGGCCGCAAGUGCUUCUGGGGUGGCUGGGGAGGUUCUAUUGCGAUAAUGGACCUCGAUAAUGCGAUGACAAUCAGUUACACGAUGAACAAAAUGGCUGAUAAAACGUUGGGCAACGCUAACACCGCACAAUAUGUCCAGGCAAUAUAUGAGAUCGUCGAAGGCGGACUAUAGCUAAGGGGUUGCGUCAUAAUGGAAUAUACAAUGGAUCCUUGCACCAUGAGCCCUUUAACCAUGUACCCGGACGACCUUUCCCUGAGAUCUGCAUGGUCAUAUAAUUUUGUUUACGUCUCUGUAAUCCUUGUCGCACGCUAUAUUAU